ACAGAGCAAAUCCAACACCGUACGCACGAGUCUGCUUUGCGUAACCCGCCUCGGCUUUCUUUCCACAUGCAAUUUGCUUCCCUUCGCAGCACCUCUGUGCAGUUCCAGCCCCAGCUUCUGAGGACGGACCGCCUCAGGGCCCUGCGCACAGCCGCGACCGCCCACGCGGCCGCCCAGUCGUCUGCGGCUGGUGCUGCCGGCCCCAUGGCGAGCGUGACUCUAGUGCCACAAGGUGGGCUGCACGUGUCCAAGCCCACCUGGUGGCUGGAGAGCCGCUUCCACUUCAGCUUUGCUGACUACUGGAACAAUGAGAAAAUGAACUUCGGCGCGCUGCGGGUCCUCAAUGACGACCUGGUCAAAGCCAAGGCUGGCUUCGGCGCGCACCCGCACCGGGACGCCGAGAUCUUCAGCUACAUCGUGAGCGGCGAGCUGAGCCACGCCGACUCCAUGGGCAACCGGGAGGCACUGCCGCGCGGCUGCGUGCAGUACAUGAGCGCCGGCACUGGCGUCACACACUCGGAGAUGAACGACGGCGACGAGACGUGCCGGUUCCUCCAGAUCUGGCUCACCCCCGACCGCCGCGGCCACGCCCCUCAGUACGGCAGCACCCGCUACGAGCGCGCGGACCGGCACAACCGCCUGCUGCGCAUCCUGGGCGGCACCGGGCCCGCGCCGGCCUGGCCGCAGCUGCACAGCCCCCACUCCAUCAGCCUGCAUCAGGACGCCAAUGUGAUUGUCUCGGAGAGCGACGCCGGCACGCGCUUUGACCUGAGCCUGGGGCCGCGGCGACAGGCCUACCUCAUCUGCAUCGAGGGCGACAUGCAGGUCAACGACCAGAAGCUGGGCAUGCGCGACGGCGCGCGCAUCGUGGGCGGCGGCUCCGAGGCCGCCCCGGCGCCGCUGAGCAUCACGGCGGGGAGCACCGGCGCGCACUUCCUGGUGGUGGAGAUGGCGCGCAGCGACUGAGAGUGUGGGAGUGAGAGAGUGAGUGAGAGAGACCGAGUGAUGAUGGGUGCAUGGACCCAGCCAAGUGGGCGCACUGGGCAGGGGUGCGGCAAACAGGACAAGCGGACUGUUGCUCAUAAUUGUGGAUCCGAAUGUGCAUUGACUGUGAGGAGACAGCGUCGGGCUGAGUAAUGUACAGAGGGCUUUGAGAGAGUGUUUGCUGCGGCGGAAGUGAGUCUGAAGGUAUGCGUGGCUUCGGUACAUUGGUGGGGCUUUCAUGGGUGUGCUGUCAUGUGUCGUGAUUGGUGUGCAUUGUGAGGGGCAGUUGCCGUGCCUGCUGAGGUGGUGUUGAGGCACGGAGGCUCAAGGAGUAAGAAGGGCGAAGGAAUUAAACUGCAGGCGGCCUGACCGACAGAAACACAACAUGCAACUGAGUUGCAACUGUAACUGUAUGGGGGA